CGAAAAGUUUUAGAAAAAUCUUGGUUGGAGGACGAAAACCUGCAGCCAAAAAGAUUUGUAACAGUACGCCACAGGAGUGGGGCAGGCCAUAUAUAUAACCAGAAUAUUUAUUCCAUCACCAACACAAUCUCACUACUUGUCUUCACCAUGAUCAAGUUUGUAGUCCUCGCCAUCGCCAUCUCCGCAGUGCACUGCCAGUACGGCGGCUACCACCAGGAGGCCCCGCAGUACCACGAGGAGCAGUACUACGACCCUCCUCACUACCAGUUCCACUACGACGUCCACGACGAGCACACCGGAGACAUCAAGAGCCAGCACGAGCAGAGGGAGGGGGACAAGACCGAAGGCGAAUACAGCCUCGUCGAACCCGACGGCUCCUUGAGGGUGGUCAAGUACGCCGUCGAAGGAAAGUCUGGAUUCCAAGCUGAGGUCCAGAAGGAGCAUGGCAAGUACAAGCCAGCUCCCGAACCAAGCUACAACAAGCCUGAACCAUCCUACUACAAACCAAGCUACCAUUAAGGAAUAGGUUAUUGAAAACCUAUUUUUUUGUAUUAUAUGUAAAAAUAAACUUUUUUAUAUAUUUUUUAA